AUGAUGAUUACGCCAGUCCACCGCUUCAGAGAUAUUGAAAGGAAACCUGAAUACCUCCAGCCAGAAAAGUGUGUUCCACCUCCUAGCCACGCUUCCCUGGGAACAAUGUGGUUUAUUCGAGAUGGCUGUGGUAUUGCAUGUGCUGUCGUUACCUGGAUGCUGGUGUUCUAUGCCGACUUUGUAGUCCUUCUUGUCAUGCUAGUUCCAUCGAGAGAUUAUGUUUAUAGUGUCAUCAAUGGCACACUGUUCAACACAUUGGCUUUCCUCGCUUUGGCUUCACAUUUUCGUGCUAUGCUGACAGAUCCAGGUGCUGUACCCAAAGGUAAUGCCACAAAGGAAUUCAUCGAGAGUUUACAGCUAAAGCCAGGACAGGUGGUUUACAAGUGCCCAAAGUGUUGUAGCAUCAAACCUGACAGAGCACAUCACUGCAGUGUUUGCAAGAGGUGUAUUCGGAAAAUGGACCAUCACUGCCCAUGGGUCAAUAACUGUGUAGGAGAGAAUAACCAGAAGUACUUUGUACUGUUUACAAUGUAUAUAGCACUGAUUUCUCUGCAUGCUCUAAUCAUGGUGGGAUUUCACUUCUUGUAUUGCUUUGAAGAAGACUGGACAAGUUAUGGCUUAGAGCACAGAUGUUUUGCAGCUGCUGCAUUAUCUGAUCUCUCCCCUUCCAACUCCCAUUGUUUUGUCUUCACAGAAUGCAGUUCCUUCUCUCCACCAACUACAGUGAUUCUUCUCAUCCUCUUGUGUUUUGAGGCUCUCCUAUUUCUCAUCUUCACCUCGGUUAUGUUUGGGACCCAAGUACACUCCAUCUGCACUGAUGAAACGGGAAUAGAACAGUUGAAAAAGGAAGAGAGAAGAUGGGCUAAAAAAACAAAAUGGAUGAACAUGAAAGCAGUAUUUGGCCAUCCGUUCUCUAUAGCAUGGCUUAGCCCAUUCGCAACACCAGACCAAGGAAAAGCAGACCCGUACCAGUAUGUGGUCUGAGGAAUUCUUGACCAGCAUUUCCACUAAAAUAGAAACAUAUUACAGCACUACUGUUAGAAAUUUUCCAUGAAUGUUUAAAACAAAAAGCAAAACAAACUUUUUUAUGUCUAUUAAAUGGCUGAUAAUUGCAGAGAAAAAAAAGCCCUGUAUUCCACAAUUUUAGAUAAUUCUGUAUCUCUGGCUGAAAUUGCUGCUGCUUUUCUUUUUUUUUUCUUUUCUUUUUUUUUUAAUCAUGUUAACUUUACUGGCCUUUGUUUCUCUCUGCUUUCUGUAUGGCGUAACUAAUGUGAAGGGGAUCCUCUUUGUUGUGACCCACCUUUUCUGAGUAUAUUCUCAUGCUGUCUCCUGACUGUGAUGAGCUCUGUGGAAGACAUACGAGUGCCAACAGCUCUACACAGACACCUUUGGACUUCCUGAGGGAGCACAUUGCUCUUUCAUAAGUGAACUUGAGCGGGGAAGCAGACACUUCACUUACCAAAAGGUGCAAGACAAGAAUGCAACACAGCAAGAGAGCCAGUUGACCUGGUGAUCGCAUACAAAGUACUUAAACAUUGCCAACACCAGUUCCCACCCCACCUGCCUU